CCCCGACUCUGCCAGCCCUCCCACUGUCUCCUGCCCCCUCACCCACAUUCCUACCCUCUGCCAUCAGGCUGCCCACAGCCCCUUGCCCAGGCCCUUCCCUACCUCCACACACCCUUCCCACCCCACCCCACCACCAGACUCUUUCCCCCGAUGCUCGCCCUUCCACCCCCACAUGUUUUUCUUGCCAAUAUUUUGCGUACUAUUUCUUGUCAAUAGCACGGUGGUUAUAAUGUUACCGCUGACCAGGAAAGAGUGUUUACAAGUGACUUAAAUUUCAAGCUGAGCAGCUGGUGGAAGUAGGUCUCAUUGUGAACAGAGAUGGAUGGUGACAGUUCCACGACAGAUGCUUCACAGUUAGGAAUUGCGGGUGACUACAUUAGUGGAAGUCACUAUGUGUUACAGUCUCAUGAAGGAGAUGCUGAUGAGGGGCUUGGUGACCAUGAUGACACAAAUGGCUCCAAAGAGUCCUAUAGGGAACAGGACAUCUAUCUUCCGAUUGCCAAUGUCGCUCGGAUAAUGAAAUCAGCUGUACCUGCAACGGGAAAGAUUGCUAAAGAUGCUAAAGAAUGCGUUCAAGAGUGCGUGAGUGAGUUUAUCAGCUUUAUAACGUCUGAGGCUAGUGAGCGAUGUCAUCAAGAGAAACGCAAAACCAUCAACGGUGAAGACAUCCUUUUUGCCAUGUCCACAUUGGGCUUCGAUAGUUACGUGGAACCAUUAAAACUUUACCUGCAAAAAUUCAGAGAGGCAAUGAAGGGGGAGAAAGGAUUAAACACAUCAACAGGUGGAGGCACAGAUGGUCUUGGCGAGGAGCUCACAGAAGAAACUUUCUCUAAUCAGUUGACAACAGGAUUAAUCACUACAGAUGGCCCUCCACAAAAUGUCAUGGUUUAUACCACAUCUUAUCAACAGAUUUCAGGUGUACAGCCCAUACAGUUCUCCUGAUGGCAACCACUGAUGACUUAGAAACAUAUCGAUUUCCCCACAAUAACAAGAUAAUUGGCUGAAAGAAAGAUAAAAGAAUCGGCAAGGAUGAGAGCAGUUGAAUGGCUGAUUGACCUGAAGAGGAUGAUCUCUAGCUGCUCUUGUAUUAUAUUCUUCUGAAUAGUUGUAGAUGCUUUGACAGGUUCCUGGGGUGUGACCAAGAAAUCCAGUUUCUGACCCCACCUGAAAGAUCAUUUCUUAUUUACCAGUUUUAAAAAACUGAACCUUUAUAAUGUAUCACAGUUACAAAGUACUUUUGUUUUGUACAAGAGUUGUUGGGUUUUGUGUGGAUACAUGCAGGAAGCUGAUGUCUUUGGCUGCUGUGUGUCUGAUUUAUUACUGUCAGAACUUACUGGGCAGUAUCUUAUUUUCAUAUUGAAUCAUGUUGCUCCUUUUGUAAUUCAGAUAAGUAAUUUCACUAGAUGUACCCUUUUAAUAAAACAGGUGUAUAAUAAAUUGUUUU